AUAGAUGCGGACCAAUAGGAGAUGAGUGCGGUGUCCUACGUCAUACGUAAGAGGCGUUCCAGAGGCACGUCUGCUCCAAGUAGUAAGCGGAGUUGACUGUAGCACUCGAGCUCCAUUGAAAGUAUAUUCCCGGUUCAGAGACAGUGCAGGCGGACGAGGGGGCGGACCGGCGUGAAGAAACUUGGCAGAAGACCACAGCAGUCGCUCCGCUGACCUCCACACGACUGUUAUUAUUUAUCAGCAUCAAUAUAUCUGAAGACAGGCAACUGUGCUCGCUGACAAACGCGCUAGCGGGUGCGGCGGAGGCGCGCCCGGCGAAGGAAUAACGUUAGCAGGAAAACGGAAAGAGAGGUGAGGUGAAGGCACGUUUGAGAAGAGAAGGAGGGCAGUGACAAGUAAUCGGACUCAGUCACAGAUAGGACUCAGCCACAGGUAGCCGUGCAUUAGCUGUCGUGGCAGAAGAAUCAAAGUGCAGACGGGUCAUGCGGAUUUCUCCGGUCGCUGAUCGGAGCGCCGCGUCACAGCAGUAAAAGGUGGAAAAGAGAAGAAGCAGAAAACAGAAGAAGCAGACCGCGUCUGUGCCACUCCGUCAGUCUGUCCAAGCGGGCUCCGGCCAGAGGGAAGCGCCAACAUGUCCCGGAGAAAGCAGAGCAAACCCCGGCAGAUAAAACGUUCCCUUGGGGAUCUCGAUGGUGGUGAGGAAAACACACCAGACAACCUCAGCCUAUCAGGAGAGGAGGGCGGAGUCUCUGACCAAGAUGAUUCAGUAGAAGGUGACAGCUCCAGCCCCCCGCCAUACACACCCCUGUACAAUGAAGAGCCCAAGACACAGGACUCUCGAGGAGGCACCAGUAAUGAAGAUGAGGACGGGGAGGAGCGAGGUCUGACACAGAGCGGCGGGGAGGAGGAAGAGGAAGGGGAGGAAGAGGAGGAGCCGUUACAGUGGGGGGGUCCAGAUGACCUGGAGCUAAAUGAAGAGGGCAGUGACAGCAGGGUGGUGGCUGGCAGGGACAUCCACCCAGACACAACAUGGGGACCCUUCCCAGGAAUCCUCCAAUCAGAGGGCAGCACAGACGAUCAGGAGACACAGAACUCUAAACUGAUUCUGGUAUGUGAAGAUCCAGAUUGUUGGAUUAGUCGGCUCCCUUUGACCUCUGACCCUUCAGCUGCCAACUGCACCAUCUACAGCCAAGGUGAACAGUUGUUCUGUAAGGUGACCAGAGAGCUUACGGCUGGUGAAAGGCUCCUGGCUUCCCUGCCACCUCCUCCUCCUCCAGGCUCUUCCUCCUCCCCACUCUCUCCUCCGCUCAGCCUUGUCACCCAGAAACAACCUGUGGUGAAGGAGGAGCCACUGUACCCGGCGGCACUGUGCUCAGACAUUCAGCUCCUCCCACAGCAAGCUGGCAUGGCUGCCAUCUUGGCUACUGCUGUCGUCAACAAGGACAUCUUCCCAUGCAAGGACUGUGGGAUCUGGUACCGCAGCGAGAGGAACCUGCAGGCUCACCUAAUGUACUACUGUGCCAGCCGUCAGAAGCAACCGGCUGCAGCCUCGUCCCCACCCCAGGACAAACCCAAGGAGUCCUACCCCAAUGAGCGCAUCUGUCCCUUUCCACAGUGCAACAAGAGCUGCCCCAGUGCCAGCUCACUAGAGAUCCACAUGCGCACACACAGUGGUGAACGUCCGUUUGUCUGUCUCAUCUGUCUGUCAGCCUUCACCACUAAAGCAAACUGUGAGCGCCACCUUAAGGUCCACACGGACACACUAAAUGGGCUGUGUCAUGGCUGUGGAUUUGUCUCCACCACAAGGGACAUCCUCUACAGUCAUCUGGUCACCAGCCACAUGGUCUGCCAGCCUGGAUCUCGCAGUGAGGUCUACUCCCCAGGACCAGGUCUUCCCAAGCUGCCCCUGUCCACUGGUCUCAGUCCAGGAGACUCUGGUGUGGUUCUGAAGUGUCAAGUGUGCGGUCACAACUCUGACUCCCCUGCCCAGCUUCAGCAGCAUGUACGAACCCACCUAGAAGUCAGGGUUCCAGCGGAAAGGAGCCCCACCCCUCGCCAAAUUACCCCGUCAUUUGCUGACCCCCCUCAACUCCAGCUGUCUCCACAUGAGAGGGAGCCCCUUGCCUGUGUCCCUAAGCCAGACUCAUCCAGCCCAGGCGCAAAUGGUGGCUCAGCCACACCCCGGGACUACAGUCCUCGUAAUGCCCCAACCACUGACCUAAAGAUCAAGGAGGAGCCUCAUUCAGACUCAGAGAUGGAGGAGCAUAAAAUUGAGAUUAAGAAGGAUGGAGAGGAGGAGGAGUUUGGUGGAGAGGAGGGGGAUCAAGAAACAAGCAAGAAGACAAUGGAGACUGCCACCUCAACCAAACAGACAUCAGACUCUCCGAAGAGUCCUUCUACCACGACUGUAAAGGCUGAACCAACUAGUCCCACUCCUGGUUCCAGCCCUGCACAUGUGGGAGGUACAGAGUCAGUUCUUCCAGGAGGAGCAAUGUUCUUGCCUCAGUACAUGUUUAAUACCGAGGCAGCCAUUUUACCUCAGGCCUCAGAGAUACUGGCUAAAAUGUCAGAGAUGGUCCACAGCCGUCUGAAACAGGGCCAGACAGUCCCUCAGAACAACCCAGCAGCCUUCUUCCCCUCUGGACCAACUGCACCUACAGCUGCAGCCACUCCACCUCACAAAGGAGCCACUUGUUUUGAGUGUGAUAUUACCUUCAACAACAUCAACAACUUCUAUGCCCAUAAGCGGUUGUACUGCUCCAGUAGACACCAAGUAGAGGGUGCAACCUCAGCCUCAGGCCCAAGGGAUACAGCCCCAGCCCAGGUGCCUUCCAGUGGGGCACAUGGCUCGUCUGCAUCUCCUCAGGGCGGAGCAGCAAGUAGAGCAGCCUCUGCUUCUCCUGCUGGCUCUGACUCCCCUGCUGGGAUUGGAACAACAGAAUCCCGGAGAGCGGUGGAGAUGAGGACAGAAACACCUGUGGGGAGGGAGGGAAUAUCAUCCUCUUCUGAAGGGGAAGGCGGAGGAGCAAGUGCGGGAGGAGGGGGUGGAGGAAGAAGAGCAAGUGAAGGCAGCCAGAGUCCUGCUAGUGGUUCUGCAGAGGACCUAGAAGAUGAUCCCAAUAGAACCUUCUGCGAGGCUUGCAACAUCCGCUUUAGCCGUCAUGACAACUACACUGUUCACAAACGCUUUUACUGUGCAUCACGUCAUGACCCCUCCAACCAGAGAGCUGUACACAUGGCCAAGGCAACCACUGCAGCAGCCUUCCUUCCCCAGCCCAUCCGCACACGCAAGCGGAAGAAGAUGUACGAGAUUCACAUGGCCAGAACUGAAGCCUUAGCUAACGCUGCUGCUGCUGCUGCUGCUGCUGCCACCUCCGCUGCCUCCGCCCCAUCUCCCUCCGUUCUUGGCUUGGCAGUGAAGCAAGAAGUUUCUCCCAGUGCAGCAGGCGGCUCUAGCCCUGAAGGAGAUGGCCCGAUUGACCUGAGUAAGAGGCCCCGUCUGAGAGAUGUUCCCCGGCACAGCAGCAGCAGUAUUCUCCCGGCCCUGCCUCUUACAGACUAUCACAAGUGCACUGCUUGCAGUAUCAGCUUCAACAGCAUUGAGAACUACCUGGCUCAUAAAACCUACUACUGCCCUGCCACCACACUCCAGCCCCACACCUUGGAGCAGCUUCACCGGCUCAAGAGAUCAGCCUCUACCUCUCCCAAAAGCAGGCCUCAGCAGGAGCGCCCAGAUCUUCUGCACCCUAUGGAGGCCAAACCUCUCCCCCCUGAGUGGGUUGCCCAGGCUCAAGGCACAUCAUCCAGUUCUCAUCCCUCUGCCUUACCUGCCUCUGAUGCCACAUCUCCUCCUCAUAUGACCACCGCUCAUGCAACCACCCCAGGAGCUGGAGCCAAAGGCACAGGUGCCAGUUCCCCUCAGGUGGUCUGCCCAUACUGUCCCAACAGGCCUAUUGCCUGUGAUCUGAUGGAGCACUUCAAGUCUACCCACAGCCUUGUUGUAACCAUUCAGCAACCCCAGGAGGCCCUACCCCAGCCAGGCAGUGCAGUCAGCCACAGCCCCAACCUCAGUCCCAGAGAUGAAGCUGCUGCAACCACUUCAACAACCCCAAACAGCCAGCCCAGACUGGUAUCCCGAAUUCAUAGAGACAGCAUCAACGGGCAGGCCAGGAGCGCGACAACUUCCCCUGUUUCCCCACUGGUAAAUGGUAGUCCUUCACCUGGGGGUGGAUCACCUUUAACGGGCUCACCUCUACCUGUGUCUUCCCCAAGGGCUCCCUCUCUGACUGUGUCACCUGUGCCUGAGGUCCUAAGAGAGACAGUGGGAUCAUCCCACCCUCCAGACAAGAUCGCCGCAACUGUGGCCUCCAAUCCCAUCCCCACACCCCAGCCUGCACCUACCCCCAGCCCUAAAACCACAGUGAUUGCCCCCGUCCAGAAUGGUAACUCCCGCUUCUGUCGGCUGUGCAACAUCAAGUUCAGCAGCCUCUCCACUUUCAUAGCUCAUAAGAAAUACUACUGCUCCUCCCACAGUGCUGAACAUGUCAAGUGAGCUGAGUGAUUCUCCUCUUCCUCUUCCUCUUCUCCUUCUUUUAUCUUUCUGAGCAGAGGCCGAUGUCCCUUUGUGCCACUCCUCCCACAUGGGUGCCAAAAUGGUGCUCAGCUGGCCUGACUAUGAAUGACAAUGAAUGACUGUUACUCACCUGGCAGGGCCUGAAGCCCAGCUGCUCCAAAGCAGAAUUUGCAGGUGGUGUUACUAACAUACAGUAACUGAUAUUCUUCCUUAUAUGGGUCAAAGUUUGUAGUACACUAAGAGCUGAGAUGUAUGCUACCUGCCCACACUGGUGACCCCCCGUCCCCUAAAUCACUCUCUGUCUUCAUACCCAAUUCAACAUCUACCACUCCCAGGCCUCACAGUAUGUUGCAUUACGUUAAAAUAUGUAUGUCAGCAGCCUCUUUUCUGUCUCUCUGUUGAACUGAGUUUAUAAUGGUAGUAAUUAGAUUCUGACUGUUGGAGGCAUUUCUGACUGAUGUUCAUACAGUAAUGAUGAUGCUGAUUAUAAUGAAUCUCCAGUCUUUUCCUGAGCUCUUGAUGAUCCUGUCUGGAGGCAUCAUUUCUCUUGUGUGGAAAAGAUUUGAUCAUUGUUAAUUUUUUUAUUAUCUGUGCAUAGUGUAUGAUGUCUGAAAAAGAAUUCUAUAAUGCUUUUGGUUUCAACACUGGCUCUUUUUUGCUUACUAGAGAAGCUAAAGUGUUUUUAGCUGAAAAACAGAUAUGUGUUAUCACAAUGUUACUAAUUACUGAAGGAUAAUAUUUCAAAAUGGACAGUUUUUCCUUUCUUUCAUACACAUAUAUUUUUAUUUUCUCUUUAAAAUGCAACGGAGAAAAAAAAUGUGAAAUAUUUAUCUUUUAGUCCUCACUGAUUUCAUGUCAACAGAAAACUACCUACCUAGUGUCUGAGAGUAUUCGUAUUUUUUAUUUGUAUAUUUUUCAUACUGUUGGAAGGAAUUGUUUGGAUCUGGCUAUGUUGAAGUGUAUUUUCUAAAUGUAGAUAUGUAAUAUCUUCUCACAGUAAUCACUCGGAUCACACUGAACUUUGUUAUCACAUUAGCAUUUGUGUUCUCUUUAUGUAGUCUUUAAUUGAUGGUAAGGUCUGAAAACCAGUGGCGUGUUUAUUUUUAUCCUUUCUUGUACCUUGCUGAUUAGCAACACGAUUAGAUCAGAACAGCUUCCUCACCUACUGCUUUUCACAUCAAGUCAUCUUCAAGUUGAAGAGAGUGUUUCUGAUACUGUUGCAAUUAUACGUCGGGGAGAAUGAUGUAGCUUCCCAGGUUUUCAGGUACACAAAAUACAAAUUUUCAGUCAGAAGUCUUCUGUUUAGCCACCAACCAAACCAUUUGUUGCAAACUGUCAUUUCAGAUGUAUACUAAGUUAUACCCAAAACAUACCAAUGCUUUGGUAUCUGAUACACAUCUUAAAAGAUGUUACUUUUCUUUUUAAUGAUUGUAUUUCUGACCGGCAAUGAAGGCACUGCACGGAAUAGUCAUAUGUUAGAAUAAAACCUCACAGUUGAGUAAGCACAUAUGUAAAGACCAUGUAUUGUGGCCCAUGGUGUGUGUGAUAGAGAGAUUGUGCGCUUCCUCUUUCACUUGCUCUCUGACUCGUGCACACAUCCUCACAUACACAGUUUACACCGCAUUUUCCCAUGUUGCUUUUUAAAUCACAAUGCAGUGUUAGCUAGAACUGUAAUUUUUUUUUUUUUUUUUUACAAUAUUGAGGCAAACCUACCAAUGUAAAGCUCAUCUUGUUUUUUUAAAGCCCAGACUUCAUUUUGAAUUUAAGUUACCAAUAGCCAAUUUUGCAACCCAAUGCUGUAUUUAUUACAGAUUUGUUCAUUUAAAAAAAAUCUCUCAAACAUUUCCCUCAGGAUUUUACUGUUGCCAGUGUGCAAGAGCCUCUCAAACAGCAUUUGGACCUUCAUGAGAUACUAAAACUCCAAACUUACAACAUAGUACUGACUGUGAUAGCAGCUGUGAAAGUUUAAUUGCCAGUUCAGAGAUCCCUCCUCUCAUUCUGAAGUAACUUUUCUGGUCAGCAGUGGAGGGCAUGGACCAAAUGCUAUUAGACAUUCUUGAUAAAAUGCUAAUAUGAGUCUAACUGUAAACUUACAAACACAGGACACAUCUAGACCUCUGUUUAUUCAGUAGUAGCAUUGAAAGACUCACACAGCCCCCAGUAGAAGUCUUCACAUCUCUUGUCAGCAGUGGUUGUCAGCAGGAAUAUUGUCAUAACAUUGACAUAUUAUCACCUUAUAAAGUUGUUAUGGUGAAUGUAGCAAAAAUAACUUCUUAUUCCCACAUCCAGUGGACACAGAAAAAUUAGCAUUCAUUUGGUCUCAGUUGAGUUUCCGUCAACUCUUUAGCUCUGUUUUCUUCUUCACCAAUUAUGUGCUAUUUUGCCUAACAAACCUGAGAACAUGGACAGUAGCACUAACCUCUGCAGUUUGUAUCAAACAAUCUAAGAUGGAAAAUUAUGUCAAAUAUCAGAACAUAUUUUUCAGUGCACAAGUGAUCACAUUAUUUUAUCAAAGGCAUCUGCUGUACAGUUUAACAUCAGCUGUCCCCAUUUUACAUGUUGUCACUCAGUAACUCCCUCAUUAAUGGAUUAACAAUGGCCCCAUUUCUCUCAUGGUAUUUCUCAAGACUGGAAACUAAAUGUAGAAUUUUUCAACAUGAUUGAAAAGUCCUGGUUGAUUUUAAGUGGUUUGGAGCAGCACUAUACCAGACACAUCUUACUACUAAGUGUUUACAAUUGUGCUGGUCUGUCUCUCUCAGUUCUUAAUGUGAGAGAGAAGAAGCAGGAGAGAAACACAGAGUCAUGUCAACUAUUCACAAAUUGAGGAGCUGAGUGCUGGAAAAUCAUCCUUUGAAUUUAUUCCUUUUUUAUUGCACUGUGUUAUAUAAAAUGUGCUGAAUGUUUUAGUUUUUUUGUAAUAUAUUUAUGUUAUACAGCACUUUCCCCCAUCCAAAAUGCAUCAUCAUUCUACUUUGAAGGACUUUAAUGUUCCUUGAAGAACUUUCUGAAUUUUAACCCUCACUAAAACUUUUUUUAAACACAUUUUGUUAAUGAUUCUUCUGAUGUCCACAAUGGAGAAAAUCACAAUGAGUGUCAAAAUGUUUGUUUCCAUACUUUUUAUUUCAUUUCAGUUUCACUACACUCUUGUCCAAACUAUGCAUGGGAAGUAAAAAAAGUUCUGAGAGACACUGA